UACGAUGUUAUAUCUAUCUAUAUUUUUAUUGUCUUCCUUUGUUUUUGUAACAUAACUUUAUAGAGCACUUUGUUCUGCCUAGGUUGGUUUUAUAUGUGCUCCAUAAAUAACUUGACUCGACUCGACUUGACUUAAUUACUACACAGUCUGAAUACCUUCUUUCCUGUCUCAGGGCUACAAAGGCUCCAAAGGUGACAUGGGAAUGCCUGGAGCCUCAGGGGAGAAAGGAGCAACUGGUUUACCCGGCCUACCUGGUGUCAAUGGGGUAAAAGGGGAUAAGGGAGAUACAGGUCUACCUGGUCCUCAAGGUUCUUCAAUUGUCGGCACUCCAGGGCCACAAGGGCCCCACGGACUCCCAGGACCCAUGGGCCCUCAUGGUUUCCCGGGACCGAAGGGGGAACCUGGUUUGCAUGGUGUGAAGGGUAUCCGAGGUGAACCAGGACACAAAGGGGACCGUGGACCUCUGGGUCUCCCCGUGAGUACACUCGUGCAUCAUGGGAUAUCUCCAACCCCAAAGUCCUGUCUUUUUAUUUCCUUAGACAUCCAUAAAAAUUUCUAUUUUGU